UGUAUCUGUGGUGGCUACAGUGGUUGUCACGUGACCGCGAUCGACUUUAUAAGAAGUUUGUGACCACGAGGUUUUUAUUUUAGCCCGCAAGAUACGGACAAAAAUCGAAUUCGUUGCUGGACACGGAUUAACUAAGGAACGUACGAAGCACCGGUCAAGACAGUUUCCACCACAAAAAUGCCUUCGAGCAAUCCACUAGCGCCAAAAGAGAAUGCACUGUUCAAACGUAUUUUGAGAUGUUACGAACAGAAACAAUACAAAAAUGGGCUGAAGUUUGCAAAACAAAUUUUAAUGAAUCCAAAGUAUGCAGAACAUGGAGAAACGUUAGCCAUGAAGGGAUUGACAUUAAAUUGUCUUGGAAGGAAGGAAGAGGCAUAUGAAUAUGUCAGGAAGGGAUUGAGAAAUGACUUGAAAUCACAUGUGUGUUGGCAUGUGUAUGGCUUGCUCCAAAGAUCGGAUAAGAAAUACGACGAAGCCAUCAAGUGUUACAGGAAUGCGCUGAAAUGGGAAAAGGAUAACAUCCAGAUUCUCAGGGAUCUAUCCCUUUUGCAAAUACAAAUGCGCGACAUGGAAGGGUACAGGGAAACUAGGUAUCAGUUACUGAUGUUAAGACCGACGCAAAGAACUUCCUGGAUCGGUUACGCUCUCUCCUACCAUCUAUUGGAAGACUACAUGAAUGCACUCAAAAUUUUGGAAACUUUUCUUGAUCAACAACCAAAGGGAAACUUAGACUACGAACACAGUGAGCUUAUCCUUUACCAGAACAUGGUAGUUCAAGAAUCCGGUGAUCUACAAAAAGCUUUAGAUCACUUAGAAAAGAAUUCGGAUGCUAUUGUGGACAAGUUGACGCUUAAGGAAAACUUGGGUUCGUUGAAUUUGCGACUAAAGAAGUUUGAAACAGCUGCAAAAAUUUAUGAGGAGUUGAUCAAGCGUAAUCCGGAGAAUACUUUGUAUUACAAAAAGCUGAUCGAGUCGAAGCAGCUGACUGAUCCCGAAGAAGUCGUGAAGUUCUAUGUGGAAUACGCUGAACUCUUUCCACGCGCUAUGCCACCGAAACGGUUACCAUUGAACUAUGCUAGUGGAGACGUAUUCAAAAAUCUGGUAGAUAAGUAUAUGCGGAAGGGAUUGUCGAAAGGUGUGCCACCUUUGUUCGUCGAUUUGAGGUCGCUGUACACGGAUAAAACCAAAGUGGAAAUCAUUGAAUCACUCAUGAUGCAAUACGUAGAUGCCUUAAAAAAGUGCGGGAAAUACAAUGAAGGGGACACCGCCAAUGGACCUAAAGAACCCGCCUCUGCCUUAUUAUGGGUUUACUAUUUUCUUGCUCAACACUACGAUUACCUCGAUAACACGGAAAAGGCCCUGAAUUACAUAGACGAUGCUAUAGAACACACUCCAACGCUGAUUGAACUGUUCGUAACCAAAGGAAGAAUAUACAAGCAUGCUGGUGAUCCACAAGAAGCAUACAAAUGGUUAGAUGAGGCCCAAGCACUAGAUACUGCCGAUCGUUAUAUCAAUUCUAAAUGCGCUAAAUAUAUGUUGCGCGCCAACCACGUAAAGGAGGCCGAAGAAACGUGUGCCAAAUUCACAAGGGAAGGCGUGUCCGCCAUGGAAAAUCUGAAUGAGAUGCAGUGCAUGUGGUUCCAAACGGAAUGUGCCUUGGCAUACCAGAGAUUGGCCAAAUACGGAGAGGCAUUAAAGAAAUGCCACGAAGUCGACAGACAUUUCUCGGAAAUAAUUGAAGAUCAGUUCGAUUUUCACACAUAUUGCAUGAGAAAAAUGACAUUGCGCUCGUAUGUGGGUUUGUUGCGUUUGGAAGACGUUCUCCGAGGCCAUCCAUUCUAUUUCAAGGCGGCAAGGUGCGCCAUUGAAGUGUAUUUACAUUUGUUCGACGCCCCAUUGAAAGACGAGUCUGCGGAACAAGAGCUGAAUACAGAGAAUUUGGCGCCUUCGGAGCUGAAAAAGUUGCGCAACAAACAAAGGAAAGCCCGUAAGAAGGCCGAGCAGGAGAGCGCGCAGGCGGCUCAAGCGCAGGUGAAGAAAGAUCAACACCACAAAUGCGGAAGAGGCGAUGUCGAGCCGGAUGCACCGCAACUGGACGAACUGAUUCCGGAUAAAUUGGCUAGGGUCGAUGAUCCUUUAGAGCAAGCAAUCAAAUUCCUUCAGCCGCUCCAGAUGCUCGCAAAUGAUCGGAUAGAGACCCACUUGAUGGCUUUUGAAGUUUAUUUCAGAAAGGGAAAAGUUCUUUUAAUGCUGCAGUCGAUUAAGCGAGCCAGAAAAUUGGAUCUGAACAAUUCCAUGCUACACACUUGUAUCAUACGCUUCUUGAAAUUCAUUAGUGAUAACAAAGUGGAGUGGGAUCCUGCCGUCGAUUCGGUAUUGAAGAGCGAAUUGAAGGCCCACUUCAACAACGAGCAGGAUGCUACCAAAUUAAACCACCAGUUCCUUGAAACAUACGGGGAUCGUUUGGAAUCCGUCCUCGAAGGUGGCAAGAUGUCUUAUUAUCUUGACAAAUCGAGUCGAAGCCGUUCCCUCGAUCUUGUUCUCAGCUUGGACAAUAAGUAUAAGGAUGUAAAUAUUAAGAAUUGUAAUAAUGUGUUGGGAGCUUUGAGGAAGGGCGAUUUUGGCGAUUGCGCCAAAGAGAUGGAGGACUACGUGGCGCGAUGCAAUAAAGCCUUCCCGUAUUGCGCAUCCUUCCAAAAGGAGAAGACUGUUGAGAACAAUCAUAUACAGAGCGAGAAUGCCCUGUGUUCAGACUGUCAGAUAGUCAAUGAUGAACAAUUCAUGCCAUUUAAUAACAUUUAAUAUACGAGUUGCAUUAAAGAUAAUCAGUUUUCCUUGGACUGGGUUUCUUGUAUAUUUUGGCCCGAAGCAAAAUAAAAUUAAUAAAAUAAUCAUAAUUUG